AUGUCCGACGACCCGAUCAAGUCCUAUGAUGAUUCAGGCCGAUCCAGCCCGAUCUCCAUCUCCCAGACUGUCUACGCAAUUGCUGGUAUAUCAGUGACCGUCUUCGGAUUGGAAGAGCUUCAUGAAGAAGCCUCGGAGGUCGCAUGUCUAUGGCUUCUGCAUCCCAGAUUAGCUUCUCAAGCACGUAUGACAAGCAUUGCCAACUCCGUCCUUGCCGACUGGAACACCAGAAAUAAAGGAAAUCCAUCGGCCAAGGGCCUGAUUGCUGUUGCAUUUGAUCAGCGAAACCAUGGGAGUCGGGAAAUUGAUCCUCUUGCCAAUAAGGCCUGGAGACAGGGCAAUCCCCGACAUGCGCAGGACAUGUUCUCCAUCUUCCAGGGCACUGCAAGAGAUACAUCGUUACUUAUGGAUUACCUUGCUUCCUACACAUUCCCCAAUGGCGAGCAUCAAAUCACCGAGAAUCUAGUCCUGGGAGUCUCGCUGGGUGGACACGCGACAUGGAGCUGUUUACUGCAUGAGCCUCGUGUCAGCGCCGGCGUGGUCAUUAUCGGCUGUCCGGACUACAUCAAUCUGAUGGCAGACCGUGCACGACUCUCAAAGCUGCCAUCAUGGACCAAAAGUGACCCGCCCGGCGCCGAGGUACUUGGAUCGGAAGCUUUGCCGACUUCGUUCUUGGAGACUGCUAAGCAAUAUGAUCCUGCCGGUAUGAUGCUGCAGCAUGUGGAUUGUGGGCCAUCAACCAGUCCUCUGCGCGAGGGGCCAUUGCCGCAGCCUUCGGAAAAAGAACAGCAGGUGCUCCGGCCGAUUCUGACUCGUGCCUUGGCUGGUAAACGCAUUUUGAAUCUGUCCGGCGGUGUGGACAAGCUCGUUCCUUAUCAUCGGGGAAAGCUAUUCCUUGACUGGUUCAAGCAGACGAUCUCGCCCGAUGGGUGGUUCGGUGAUGGCGGAGUGUCAUUCGAAGAUAUCAUUGACCAGACGGCAGGCCAUGAGGUCACUGCGAAAAUGAUCGAUGAGGCUGUUCGGUUUAUCAGCGAAACCUUGGCCGCAGGCCCAAAAAAAAGCCGAGCGACGGGGCUCGGUGCGAGAGUCGAAGAUCUGAGUGUCGAUGAG